AAGACGCUGAUGAAGAAGCAUGCUUUGGUCGAGGUGACCUUUAUGUGAAACCGUAGUUGUAGCAGUCAGGGCUGGUGGUUUUUCUUACCCAGUUUAGCAUCGUACCUAAAUCGUUAUCUUCUUUAAGAGUUCAGAUUGCUACUGGGAGUUACAUUUAAGAUGGCAGAGGCGCAUCAAGCUCGUGUACAGAAAACCAUAGAGGAUAUGGUUCAAAGUUUAGAACGGGACCACAUUCGAAAGAUGCAAGGUCUCAUGUUCAAGUGCAGUGCAGAGUGUUGCGAACGCUCCACAGACUCCAUGACGCAGGUGCACAGUUGUAUUGAAAGGUGCCACACCCCUCUGGCCCAGGCCCAAGGAUUAGUGACCUCUGAACUAGAGAAAUUUCAAGAUCGUCUGACCAGGUGUACCAUGCACUGCAACGACAAGGCAAAGGACCUGUUUGACUCGGGGGCCAAGGAGCCAGCUGUAAGGGCACUGAUGGAGAACUGUGUGGGGAGCUGUGUGGACGACCACAUCAACCUGAUCCCCAGCAUGACACACAGACUCAAAGAGAAACUGGACUCUAUUCCACAGUAACAGGGGAAGAGGAUAGCUUAAAGCUGAUACACAGGACAACAUGGACUUCGUCAUCUCUGACUAAUAAGAGCAAGAAAAUCCAAGUAAACCCUCAGAGGA